CGCAUUGAGAGGGAAAUGCUCUCAUUUCCGAGGCGUUUCCGCUACGUUACUUAAAGCAUCUGCGUUACAAUGCGCUGGCGUCAGGCAGCAGAGAUGAAGUGUGCGCGCGCUCUCAGACAGAGGAUCAGUGCAGCACUGUGACUGUGACAUACAGGAAGCGCUCAACUUCAGCUCAAGGACACCGAACCGCUACAGGUUUAUUUCAAUGGCCUCGGGUAUGGCAGAGUUGCUGCGGUUGCUCCUGAGCGUGGCAGAAAAAGCCGCUAAUGUGGCACGGGUCUGUCGACAGGAAGCACCGCUUUUUGAACUUUUGGUACAGGAAAAGACAGGAGCUGACAAAAACAAGAAAUUCGUCCAGGACUUUAAGACGCUUGCUGAUGUGUUGAUACAGGAAAUGAUUCGCCAUGAUGUUUGUGCCCAGUUUCCAGAGCUGACUGGCUUUAUUCAUGGAGAGGAGUCAAACAAGUUUGAGAAUGGACUUGGGGAGAGCGUAAUUGUGACAGUAUGUGCUCAAGAAGAGGACACGACUGCUCUGUUGGCUAAAGUUCUGGAUGGUGAUCAAAACGCUGCGUCCCUCCUGACCAAGGUGAUCCACCAGGACCUUCAGAUUAGAGACGAGGCGGCUGAAUCUCUGCAGCUGUCCAUCAGCCCAGUCGACGUGGGCAUCUGGAUUGAUCCCAUCGAUGGUACAAGUCAGUACAUUGAAGGGAAAGAGGAAGAGGAGCCAGAUGAAGGCUUUUGUCAGUUCGGACUCCCAUGUGCUCUGGUUCUGAUUGGGGUUUACUUACGAUCCACUGGCCAACCAGUCAUGGGUGUCAUAAACCAGCCGUUCAACCGCAAAAUCUCUACGGGUAAAGGAUGGAAAGGCCAGCACGUCUGGGGUGUUUCGUAUGGAGAUGUGAACGUUUGCUCCGUCACUCAGCGCAGGCCGUUUUGUCCGCAAAAGAAAGAUGAUUUGUCUGUGCUGCUGAGCUCCAGCGAGAGGCCGGCUGUGAAGGACGCGCUAGCAGCCAUUUCCAGCGGCUCGCUGAUGUAUGCGUCCGGUGCGGGAUACAAGAUCCUGUGCGUGGUCCAGGGCCUGGUGGAUGUGUAUGUGCUCUCCGAGGGCAGCACGUUCAAGUGGGACUCGUGCGCUCCUCAUGCUCUUCUGCAGGCGCUGGGUGGCGGCGUCUCAGAUCUGAGCGCGUGCCUGCGUGCCCACGUCAACGGAAACAAGGGACACGUGGCUGAACUGACCUACCAUCAACCGCACACCGAGAGUCAAGGUGUGGACAGAUGGGCGAACCGAGGAGGAAUAAUCGCAUAUUUGGACUCCAGCGUAAUUGAUAAAGUCGUGGCGGCACUUGCUGGAAAGAUAUGAUAAAAAAUAUUAUGAUACUGGAAGGCAAG